AUGCAUCUACAACUCGAAGCUAAUGACUGUCAACUCAAACCUAGUGACUGUCAACUCGAAGCUAGUGACUGUCAACUCAAACCUAGUGACUGUCAACUCAAACCUAGUGACUGUCAACCCGAAGCUAGUGACUGUCAACUCAAACCUAGUGACUGUCAACUCGAAGCUAGUGACUGUCAACUCAAACCUAGUGACUGUCAACUCGAAGCUAGUGACUGUCAACUCAAAGCUAGUGACUAUCAACUCGAAACUAGUGACUGUCAACUCAAAGCUAGUGACUGUCAACUGUAA